AUGGGACUCUUUACGAAUACUAGCGAUAAGGAAACUCGACAAUACAACGACGAGCUGGUUGCGUCGUCUUUAAAUGACCGCUUGAACGAAAGCUACCAAUCAGUUGGAAAUUCGAUCUUUUCAAUGUGGAAAGAUGCUGUGAAUCAUGUCGAGAACCCGCUAACCAGCCUUUGGGAGAAUGCCAGUGGUGGUGUGGGCGAUUUGCUAGCGGGUCUGGGGCUUCCUGGGGGAUUUGGCCAUCCUGCUCGCAUUCUAAGGCUGCUGGAAGACGAUUUUAAACAGGAAGGCACUACCGGCCUUUAUGGGUACAAAAUGCCUUCAGACAAACAGUUUAUGAACUGCCAACAACUAGAUGGGCUCUCAGUGUGGGACUCGCGGGGCUGGUGGCGCUGCUUAUUCCCGGAACGGGUCGUAGGCAGCAACAACCUCGAUUACGAUCAAAUGCGGGACGUGCUAACCCGCGAAAAAGUGGAGCAGGACAAGAAACAUAGUUUGGGACUUUUCUUCACGGAGUACUCAUCGUAUUUGACGUGGCGAGCAGAUAUUAUACGUCUUGCUGAAUCUCGUCGCAAUAGCUUGCUCGCAGCGAAAGCAGAGCGUCAUGGGGAGCACGACAACACGCCUAUGACUCCAGAAGAUCUAAUGGACCGUGCCACGGGCAGAAAUGUGGUGGGCACGUCGGAAUACGUGACCUACAACACCACCCCGGAGGGCCUGGAAAAGGUCAAAGAAGUGAAAACGUUCUUCGACGACGGCACCGUCAGACUUCGGUCUGAAAAACAGCGUACAGACCCUGACGGGAGAUCCCAUGUGGAUGCAUUUGAGAAGCUCCUUGACGACCACGACAACGCCAAGGACGGCUGGUUCUGGCGCAAAUGA